AUGCAAACUGCUACCGUACUCCUCGCCCUCUUCAUUUCCCUUUUUCUUUUCUCCGUCCCCGCUUCUGCUCAAUUCUUCUUCCCUUUUGCGAUGGGACAAGCCUAUCAACCAAGAUCAGCCAGUGGAUACGCGUACUCGAAUGGAUACGGAGUCAAGGAUGCCGAAGGAUACUUCCCGCUCUGCAGAGGAUGGACGUGCACUUCCAGUACUUGA